GUGAGUGCAUUGCAAUUAGAUCGCUGCACACAUGAAGUGUUGUGUGGUAUAAACUGCUACAAUCUCAGUACGGUGGUUACAUGGAGGUCUCAGUGUUACAGAAUUUCACUGAUCAUGAACAAGAAGCCUGAGCGGAUCCUGAAUCACAUCCGGGAGAUUCUCUACCUGCUGACAGGAGAGCGUGUGAAUAACUCACUGACAGUGAGUGACAUGACCAGGGACAAGAUGACAACAGAGAGGAUACUGACUCACACCCUGCAGAUCAUGUACCUGCUGACAGGGGAGGUGCCUAUAAAGUGUGAUGAUGUUGCUGUGUAUUUCUCUAUGGAGGAGUGGGAGUAUAUAGAGGGACACAAGGAGCUUUACAAGGACGUCAUGAUGGAGACUCACCAAGCACUAAGGACUAUGGAGAUCCCAGGAAAUGAGAGCUCAGAUGACAAUUAUGCUAAGAUUUCAUGUAACACGGAACAAUCCGAAGAACAGUGGCAAAUAAAUAUGCCAGAAGCUGCAAAGCUUGAACUAUGUGACAAUAUAAGUACAGGUGAAUUCACAAACUGCAAUAAUCCUAGUCAUAAUCAGAGUGCAGAUGCUUCUUUACAUCUUCUUCAAAAUCAAAGAAGCUACGUGGGAAAUUUAUGUUCUGAAUGUGGGAAAUGUUUUCUUAAGAAAUCCCAUCUUCUUAAACAUCUAAAAAUUCAUACAGGAGAAAAGCCAUUUUCCUGUCCUAUAUGUGGGAAAUGUUUUAAAUGUAAAAGCAUUCUUCUUGCUCAUCAGAAAAUUCAUACAGGAGAAAAAGAAUUUUCAUGUUCUGAUUGUGGGAAAUGUUUUACUCAGAAAUCAAAUCUUAUUCGUCAUCAGAAAAUUCAUACAGAGGAGAAAGGAUUUUCAUGUUCUGACUGUGGACAUUUUUUUACUCUUAAACGAACUCUUAUUAGGCAUCAGAAAAUUCAUAAAGGGGAGAACGGAUUUUCAUGUUCUGACUGUGGGAAAUUUUUUACUCAAAAAUCAAAUCUUAUUACACAUCAGAAAAUUCAUACAGGGGAGAGAAUAUUUUCAUGUGCUGACUGUGGAAAAUGUUUUACUCUGAAGUCAAAUCUCAUUAUGCAUCAGAAAAUUCAUACAGGGGAGAAAGGAUUUUCAUGUUCUGACUGUGGGAAAUGUUUUACUCAGAAAUCAAAUCUUCUUAUGCAUCAGAAAAUUCAUACAGGGGAGAAAGCAUUUUCAUGUUUUGACUGUGGAAAAUGUUUUACUCGAAAAUCAAAUCUUAUUAUGCAUCAGAAAAUUCAUACAGGAGAAAAAGCAUUUUCAUGUUCUGAUUGUGGAAAAUGUUUUACUCGGAAAUUAACUCUUCUUAUGCAUCAAAAAAUUCAUACAGGGGAGAAAAGAUUUCCAUGUUCUGACUGUGGAAAAUGUUUUACUCAUGAAUCAGAUCUUAUUAGGCAUCGGAAAACUCAUAUUAAAAUAAAUCAGAGUUUAACCUCCUAAGUGCAGAGGGUGAUAUGGUAGUUGUCACCCGCACAAUACCAAGUGCUGAUGAUGACUGCAUGUUAACCCUGGGGCCUGCAGUUUUGGAGCUGUUUGGGGUCCCUUCUGCACCUCAAGCAUUUAUAAGGUUACCCCAGGGUGUAUUUGACUGAUUUAAAUCAUGGUUUUCAUUUUUAGAAUAAGUUUUCAGAUUAUUUUUUUAUAGUUAUACCAGGCUAUUACUAAAUUGGUUAUAUAUCAUUAGAUAUGCAUAGAUAGAUCAUUAAAAUAAUUGAAAUUAUUUGGAGGUGAACUAUCUCCAGUUUAAUUGGUUGAUCAUACAUAUUUGAUCAACUUUUCACCUGUACUUUAUUGGAAGGAGGAACAUUAUUACAUUAAUAAUAACAAUAACAAUAGUUUUAUUUUACUAAAUCAAUAACAUUAUUUUUUAUUUUUAAUGCUUGUCCCUCCCUCCUCACACUUAGGACCUUGUGCAGAUCUAUUCCACUCCAAACAAUCUUCUAUUCAGUAAACUUCUUGAAACUUGUAUGGUUUGGUUCUGUGUACAUAGAUUUGCAGGGGAAUAAUGGCA